CCGUAGCGCGAAGGAGCUGAGAAAAUGUUCAUGCACUCCCUUGCAUGUAAAUACAAGUUUGGUGUCCAAGAAUAAAAAAUAAAUAAAAGAUAAAUGCGACCUGGCUCUUUAAAUAUAGUAUAUUUCGUUGGGAAGGGUUAAGGGCAUCAAGUUGAUGCCUUAACAUGUUCAGCAAUCCAGGUGAUCUUCCUCCGUCUACGAAUGAGGCAGAACGAAAAUUAAUCAUUGAGACGGCAUCGAAUCAAACAAGCUCACUCACAAAUCCAUGUUUAAAGGAACAAAAGUUGUCCUACAAAUGUCUUUCCGAAAACAAUUUUAACAAGGAUAAGUGCAGUGCGGCUUUUGCGAAUUAUACGGCGUGCCAAGAAUUCUGGAAAAAAAUUAAAGCUUAUCGAAGAUCCGAGGGCAUCAGACCUCAUCUUCCUAGGCCCGAAGAUCGGGAUAGGAUAAAAAAAGAAUAUAUGGAAAGACUUCACAUGAGAAAGUCACCCGACGGGCACAGUCAUAAUUAAACCAUAAGAUUUGUUAUUUGUUAAAUAGUUAUUAGACUAUAGAAGUGAUCCUGAGCAAUGAUGCAUCAAGUUAGGAAUAUCCCUGAAGAUUAUCGUUUGAAAUGAACGAAGUUAGAUCAUAGACGUUUGUGCUAGUCAUUUCUAAAUUUUUGAAUAAGAUGAUAUCAAACAAGAUGUGUUGCAGGCAGGACUGUCAUGCUUUGCUGUAAAACAAAAUGAAAUCAUUGAUGAUAUGCGUAUAUAAAUAAAAACAAUAUCUGUACACACA